UUCAUUCCUUAAAUUUCUUUUUCUUUUAGUCGUUGAUUCGGAAAGUUUGUUGGCGUGUUUCUAUCAAUUGUUGCAAGAAAUAUAAAUUUAACCGCAAAUUCUAAUUAUAUUAUAAAAAUGUAUAGUGCUGAAGAUUACGAAAACAUUGACUAUUACAAUGAAUAUGGUCAUACUGGUGAUCCUCAAUUGGACAUGGAGUACGAGCGUAACUAUUACGCUAGUCGCAUGCCGGAAAAUGUCAAGUACUUUUUGAUGAACUUCUGUCAAGCCAUUAAGGAAGGUGUACUCUUUGAUAUUCAGAAUAUGUAUGAAAAUACAUUUCCACAAAUCAGUGAUCAUCACUUUGAUAAGUCUGCUUGGCCUGAUGAGCAAGAAGUAGCUGCUGUUGUUGAAAACGAUAAAGUAUUUUUAAUACUUUAUAAAGAGUUGUACUAUCGUCAUAUUCAUGCCCGUAUACCAGGUGGACCAAAACUGGAACAGCGUAUCAAUUCGUUUUUCAACUAUUGUGACUUUUUCAAUUUGAUUAUAUCGUCGCAAAGUCCAGUGCUCUUGGAAUUGCCCGAUAUUUGGUUAUGGGAGUUAGUAGAUGAAUUUGUUUACCAAUUCCAAAAUUUUGCUCAAUACAGAGCACGUUUAACUGAUAAAACUCAAGAGGAAAUUCAGCAAUUGUGCGUAAAUCAUAGCAAUGUAUGGAGUAUACUUUGCAUCUUAAAUGUGCUGCAUUCGCUGGUUGACAUUUCUAAUAUUAAGAAACAACUUGUAGCUUUAUCACAAGGAAAUGAUCCACAAACUGUUGCUGGAGAAUUUGGUGAACUUUCAUUUUACAAAAUGUUGGGAUAUUUCUCAUUAGUUGGUUUGCUUCGUGUACAUUCCCUUUUGGGCGAUUAUUAUCAAGCAAUUAAAGUUUUGGAACCUAUCGAAAUACACAAAAAAUCGCAAUAUUCGCAUAUACCUGCUUGUCAGAUUUCAACAUCGUAUUAUGUUGGUUUCGCAUAUAUGAUGAUGCGUCGUUAUGCUGAUGCUAUUCGUACUUUCUCCGAUAUAUUACUCUAUAUACAACGCACAAAACAAUUGUAUAGCACACGUUCAUAUCAAAACGAUCAGAUAAAUAAACAAGCUGAACAAAUGUAUCAUUUAUUGGCUAUAUGCUUAGUUGUUCAUCCACAAUGUAUUGAUGAAUCUAUUCAACAAGUUUUACGUGAGAAAAACUAUCAUGAUGCUAUGUAUAAAAUGCAAUGUGGCGAUUUGGAGGUUUUCAAAUCGUUUUUCGUUUUUGCAUGUCCACGGUUUGUUAGCCCCUGCCCUCCUGCUGCAGAUGCACCAAUGGAAGAUUAUGUUAAAGAUCCGAUGGAACACCAAUUAAUGGUAUUCAUGGAUGAAGUCCGUCAACAAAAAGAUCUACCAACAACACGUUCAUACUUAAAGUUGUAUACUACCCUACCACUGGUUAAAUUAGCUUCCUUUAUUGAUCCAAAUGCAGGUGAUGAUGAUGUAUCAAAAUUGUUGAUUCGUCUACUUUGCUUCAAACAUAAAAUGAGGAAUUUGGUAUGGACCAAAGGUUCUAGUGGUUUGGAAGGUACCUUCAAGUCUGGUUCUGAGUUGGACUUUUAUAUUGAUGAUGACAUGAUUCACAUUGCGGACACUAAAGUAUCACAUCGAUAUGGCGAUUUCUUUGUACGUAAAAUUCUAAAAUUCAAUGACCUAAAUCGCAAAUUAAAAAAUAUACAUUUAUAAAUAUAAUUAAUUAAUAAUUAAGGUUUUUAAAAUAAUUUUUGUAUACAUUAGACAGAAUGUAAUAAUAAUAAGAUGAUUGUCUAAUUUAUUUCAAUUGUAAUAAAAACGGGUUUAAUGCCUCGGAAAAGCCUAUAUA